CUUGGCACUUCGGCUUCCGUACUUUGCGUUACGGAUUAUGGUAGAGAUAAAAAAGUUUCUUCGCACAAGUGGCGCUGUCAGUGUAGGAAAGCUGAAGUCGAGGAGCGAUGUUGACAGCACGCAAAGCCCUGUGGAACGCGUCGCGGCUCCUGGAGAACGUCAUCGCGCCUAAGAGCUUGCAGGCCUGCAUCUCCACAGACCAGCAGCAGCACGGGACAUUCUAUGAGUUCCGCACAUAUUGCAUCCAGCCACACCAGAAUGCGGCGUUCCUGCGCCUCACCAACGAGAAGAUCCACCUGCGCACGGCACACUCUGAGCUCAUGGGCUAUUGGAGCGUGGAGUACGGAGGCCUCAACCAGGUCUUCCACAUCUGGAAGUAUGACAGCUAUUCUCAGCGGGCAGGUGUAAGGGCAGCCCUGGCUCAGGACCCCAGCUGGAUAGAGCAGUACAUCUCCAAGGCCAUGCCCAUGCUGACCUCACAGGACAAUGAGGUCACAUACAUGGUGCCCUGGAGCAAGAUCCAGCGCGCCCCCAAAGAGGGAGGUGUGUAUGAGCUGGCUUCAUUCCAGAUGCGUCCGGGUGGUCCAGCGGUGUGGGGUCCAGCGUUUGAGGCGGCGGUCAGUGCUCACUCAGCCGUGGGCUAUGCAUUGCCUGUCGGGGUCUUUCACAGCGAGUUCGGACCCACCAACCGUAUGCAUGUUCUGUGGUGGUAUGAAGGGGCAGAUCAGCGUGCUGCUUCCAGACACAAAGCUCAUGGGGACCCUCGAGUGGUGGCCGCAGUGAGGGAGAGUGUGACCUAUCUGGUGUCUCAGCAGAAUAAGCUCAUGUUCCCCACACCAUUUUCACCCAGCAAGUGAGCAACAAAACCCGUCCAGAUAUUAUUCUUGUCAACUACUGACCAGAACCGAGAUUAACCCCUUCAUCUGAUGUAUGUUUUAUAAACACUUUAUGAAGAUGUUAUUAAUUAUCCCUCUCAGCCGAUGUAUGUCUCAUAAACACUUUAUUACACCCUAUGAAGAUGUUAUUAAUUAUCCCUCUCAGCCGAUGUAUGUCUCGUAAACACUUUAUUACACCCUAUGAAGAUGUUAUUAAUUAACCCUCUCAGCUGAUGUAUGUCUUAUGAACACAUUAUUACACCUUAUGAAGAUGUUAUUAAUUAAUCCUCACAGCUGAUAUAUGUCUUAUAAACACUUUAUUACACCCUAUGAAGAUGUUAUUAAUUAGAUGUAACUCUUUAGGAGGAGGUUGUGUUAAUGGUAAUAAAGGGAACAUUAGUUUGACGUUAAUGAGAUUAGAACGUUAGAUUCAUGACUUCAUUAGAUUAGAACAUUCGAUUAACGAGUUAAUUAAAUUAACGAGUAACAGUAGUCUCUGUUAAACAUACCCCCAGGACCAAUGUGAAGAGUUAUUUCAGUUUUUGAGUUUUGAUGUUUAUUUAAGUGGUAGAUGUUACUGGAGCACACACACUUAUGCUGUAUGUUACCUAAUUUUACUAGACUUAAGUCUUACAUAUACACACACACACAUACACACACUAGGGUGACCAGAUGCAAACAGACCAAAUGUGGGACGCGUAGUAAGUUUGUGUGUAAUGAAACAGAAACACUUGUAUACUGCCGUUCUGCUCAUUAACACAUUGGGUUUGGUGAUGUAGCAGAGGAGAUUCAUGUCUGUACAGUUUGAUUGACAGCCUCUUGAUGACCACCUUCCCUGCUCUCUUCUCAGCCAUGGGAUGACAGCCAGGAUUUUAGACAAGCUUGGCUAUGUUGCAUUUGUAUGAGCCAAGUUGCUGCUUUUGAUGAAGUGCUAUUAAAUAGAAGUGAAAUUAGUGCUAUUAAAUAAAGGAGAAAUUAGUGCUAUUAAAUAGAAGGGAAAUUAGUGCUAUUAAAUAGAAGUGAAAUUAGUGCUAUUAAAUAGAGGAAUUAGGGAAAUUAGGCCACAACGGCAUGAGCGGUUCAUGUGCCAGGUGGGUAGAAGAAGGCAUCCAUGUGUUCUUUUUCUAACAAUUAUUGACCAAAUGGCAGAUGAAAAUGCAGGAUAUUAUCUCCAGUAUGUGGAAUGCCCGACAUAGGGUCAAAGUGCUGUGCAGUACAAUGCAAAGAGGGACACCUGGUCACCCUAACACGCACACACACACACACACACACACCUCUACUUUUGCAAACUGGGCUCAUGAUACCUGAUAAAAAGAUGCUACACUGUCCUGUAAUCUGUAAUAAAACUGAAGUUAUGACA